CAAGAUCAAUCAAAGCAGAAUCAGAAGCUUCAAUCUCACUGAAUCUUUUACUAUCAAUUGCUCCAAUAUCAUCAGUAUCAUCAGUAUGGACAGCUCAAGCCGUCCAGGUUCUUCUUCCGAGGGUGCUGCCGGCGUUCCGCCGCCCGGUGCUCUUUUCGAGGAUCCUGAGCGUGUCAAGCUGAUCAACAAGAUUGCCGAUGGACUGAACACGUUGAAAUCUGAACUCGAUACGAUAAGAAAGUUCAAAACAGCUUAUGCGUGCUUGUGGCUUGCUGACAUGGAGAAGCUACGAUUUUUGGUUGAUCGACAUCUCCCGGAUGAUGGGCUGUAUGAGCCUUUUGAGCUUUAUGACAAGCUCUGUCGCAUUGAGACCAAGGGCAGAAUAGGUCAAAAAUGGCAACAAAAGGACAACCAACCUGACUCAAGGGCUCCAUCUGCUCCACAGACACCAAUCAAGGAGGCUCCACCCUUGUUCCCGUCUUCCUCUCCCCUCGGGGCCGGCGAUUCGACAUCUGGGCCUCCCAGUUCAACUCCGCGACCCCUGUCUGUCCAAAUAGCAGGUAGUCCUGAUACAUCGCGGCAAAGGCCAGGCGAACCUCUGGGCACGCCCAAAGGGGCGAAGAAGCCUAAAAUAUACGAAGACUUCGGGCACAUUGUAAGCUAUGCCUUCCCGCCAGAAUCUAUUGCAACUGCUUUAGCACUAACCACAUUAUCCUACUGUAAGGAACGCGAUAAAGCCGUCGCGGAAGCAUGUAAGGAGCGCGACAAAGUCUGCAUUCUUACGAAAUUCAACAAAGACAUCUGCCAAUCAUGCUAUUUGUACCCAUAUUGCCUGAGCAAUGAGAAAACAAAGGGUGUGGAAAGGCUUUUCCUGGCACUGAGAACUUUCUGGAGUGAUGAAAGGGUGAAUGAGUGGCAUGAUGCUGUCUAUGGAGAUGCCUCCAAGACUGAAAAGCUUGAAAAUUUCAUAUUGCUCAGCAUAGACGCACAUCAGCUACACACAAGGGCACUUUUUGCUCUUGAGCCUGUUGCCAAGGAUGACGAUGGGAAGUGGCUCAAACUGAGGUUCUGGUGGCUGAAAAAACAUGACCAUCAAGGAGGGGUUACAUUUACUGUUCCCCCACAACUUCCCCCAGAUUUUCGCCCAAAAGAAUAUGCAGUUGGUCUGCAUAAUGUCAUCAACGAUCAUGCACUCGUCUCUGGUGAAGAGAUCACGCUUGAGACGCAUGAUCCCCAGACUCAUCCCCUCCCAGAUACUCGGCUCCUUGAAAUGCAGUGGAUCAUGAAUCGUGUGAUUGCCUUAAGGGGUAGCGCAGAACCAGAGGACCUGGAGGAUGAGUCGGAUGCAGACUCCGAUGACUGGCUUGACUAUUUCACCAGGCCCGUGCCGCAAUCCCCGAGUCUUCCUGGCCAAUCAUCCCCUCCGUCCUCUAUCAUCGAGGAAUGA